UCUUUGUGCAGUCUCUGGUAUGUGCUAUGAUUCACUCGUACUUUCCUUCCAGAAGUAGUGCACCUUAGUUCCGUAAACAAUGUUAUGAAGCAAGCCAAGUAUACUUCUGGUUCACUGAAAACCCAGCAACUAGGGAGAGGAAGAUAAAACAGUGAGCAAGGGAGAAAGGUCAUUACAUUGCAUUAUACCAGAUCAGCUUUAACAACGUUUGUAAUGUCCUUAUCAUAAUGCAGUGAGAGAAAGGAAGGACUGGCCCUGUUCCAGCUUAGAGGGAAGAGGCAGUUACAGACUGCUGUUGCCUGCUGCAAAGUUCUUCACUGCUUCAGUCUUGUUCUGUUUGCACUGCAGGCUACAUUGCCGAGCUGGAAUCUUCAAAAGCCUGAUGUUUUUUGACAGUUUACAAGACCUUCUUAAACAUAUUGUAACGACCAGGGAAAAGAAAAAAGACGGGAAAUGAGAGAAAAGUGUAAGAGGAGACUACAUGUGAUUGACUUUUUGGUCUGGAUUCUGGGUUAAAUAUGUCAAACCAAUUUGAGGAAAAGCAAGGAAGAAAGGAUUUGGCACCUUUCAGCCCAAACUAAUACUGGAUUACCAAAUCACAGGGGACCUUCUUCAGGACUUAACCCUGACAGCAAGGCUUUUGUUAUCUCUUUAUCUUCCCUGUCAAAGUUUGGGCUGUUCUUUUCAAAGUAGACAAAAUAUCCCAGCUACAGUCCCCUCCUGCUCUCUCACAAGCAAGUAGGGACAGGAUGCCAGUGCUGGAUACGUGUUUUAACUCUGCAGAGAUGGGCAGGAGUUGGAGGACAGCUGAAGUUCUUUUGCCACCUUCCAUGGGUAGCUUGCCAGCCUACCAUUCUGGAAACCUGACCUGUGAGUUGCCGGAAAUAAUAAAGAUGGUGAAACUUCUUUGGAAAUCAAAGACUGGCAUUCAGAGCGUGAAGGAAAGAGGGCUGUUGGCCAACGAAGAUGCUCUAGGUUCUCUGCCAGGAGAUGUUCGAGUGAAAGGUCCAGCAGGGGUUCUUUCUGAGCGCCGUGGUUCAUAUCCUUUUAUUGAUUUUCGUCUUCUCAAUAAUACUACACACUCAGGAGAAAUUGGCACUAAGAAGAAAGUAAAGAGACUUUUGAGUUUCCAGAGGUAUUUUCAUGCAUCAAGGCUUCUGCGUGGAAUUGUGCCACAAGCUUCUCUGUACUUGUUGGAUGAAGACUAUCUUGGGCAGGCUCGGCAUAUGCUAUCUAAAGUGGGGAUGUGGAAUUUUGACAUCUUCCUGUUUGAUCGCCUGACAAAUGGUAACAGCUUAGUUACAUUAUUGUGCCAUCUGUUUAAUGUCCAUGGGCUUAUUCAUCACUUUCAGCUUGACAUGGUCAAAUUACACAGAUUUUUAGUAAUGGUUCAAGAAGAUUACCAUAGCCAAAACCCUUAUCAUAAUGCUGUCCAUGCUGCGGACGUCACACAAGCUAUGCACUGCUACUUGAAAGAGCCAAAGCUUGCCAGUUUUCUUACGCCUCUGGACAUCAUGAUUGGGCUAUUAGCAGCAGCAGCACACGAUGUUGACCACCCAGGGGUUAACCAGCCAUUUUUAAUCAAAACCAAACAUCACCUUGCAAGCUUGUAUCAGAACACAUCUGUGUUAGAGAACCAUCACUGGAGGUCCACUGUCGGAAUGCUGCGAGAAUCACGCCUAUUAGCUCACCUGCCAAAGGAAAUGACACAAGAUAUUGAACAGCAGUUGGGCUCUUUAAUACUGUCAACAGAUAUCAAUCGGCAGAAUGAGUUCCUUAGCCGUUUGAAAGAUCACCUGAACAAUAAAGAUCUGUGCUUGGAGGACACAGAGCACCGGCACUUUAUGCUGCAGAUUGCUCUGAAGUGUGCUGACAUUUGCAACCCAUGCCGUGUCUGGGAACUGAGCAAGCAGUGGAGUGAAAGGGUCUGUGAGGAAUUCUACAGGCAAGGAGAACUUGAACGAAAGCUUGGACUGGAUAUAAGUCCUUUGUGCAAUCAGCAAAAAGACACUGUACCAAGCAUACAAGUUGGUUUCAUAACAUAUAUAGCUGAGCCCCUCUUUGUUGAGUGGGGCCAUUUUACAGGGGACACACCAUUAUCUGUAAAUAUGCUAAACCAUCUCAGGAAGAACAAAUCUAAGUGGAGAGCACUGCUGCACAAGCAACGCAACAAGAGCAAUGACCAUUUGGGGCAAGGAACAGAGGACAAAAAGCUCACAGAAGGUGGUGCCCCGCAAUGACUAUUUCAGAUUAUUCUUUGUAGCAUUUCUGGUCUUUCCUUUGCUUCUUACAAUGAAGAAUGCUUUUAAAAAAGCUCAGAUGAGCUGCUGUUGGUUUUCACAGUAGUUGGGGUAAAUAGGGUUGGAGAAAGAAGCAGAGAAAAUAAUUUAAGGUUGAGGUAGCCAGUCAUCUCUCCAUAUUCUGGUGUCCUGUUGUCUCACUCUUUCCAGCAUAUCUGUCUUAUUUCUCCAAGAGUUAAACCAGCACCAGUGGAUUCUGAUGGUCUUCAUGUUAUGUGGCCAGUGGAUUGAUGAACAGAGAAACAAGGCUUUGUACCUUGAUACAGUGACUUUGAACAAUAAUCAAGGCACUUCUUAUACCAUAACUACCAGAGCUGCAGAAGGAACUCUUUGAGAAUGUCAUAUAAUUGCCCCAUCACCUGGAGCUGUUUGCUUUUUUGUUUUAUAAAAGCAAACACAUUGAAUAGAACCACAGAACAGAAAUACACCAGCAUUAACUGGACUCAGAUGUGAUUCGUCUGAGAAAUGAACUUUAUUUUAAUAUGCCCUGAAAGAAUCAAAAAAAUAUAUAAUUUCUUCUUAAAUUUUAUACUCAUAAAAACUGUUUGAAAUAUUUGAAUUAAGCACUACCUUAGAAGACGAGAGACUUUUUUUAAUGCUUUAACACCACUUUGGAUUCUGGUAUCUUAGCUACAAUAAGGUGUAAUGCAUUGAAUUUUUCAUAAAGAAUGUGAUGGCCAUAUAAAUGCUGGUGGUAAAUGUUCAAUGUUCCAGCCUAUGGUCACUUUAUGGUUUUUAAGAUUGAAGGUUUAAAGUUGUUAUUGCAAACUGUGUAUAGUCCCACUUGUAUAUUUUCUGUAUAUACUAAGCUUCUUACCCACAUGCCAAAAUAAUUGAGGAUCGGCUACCUGUACAAAUAUUGGCACUGUGAACAGAAAACUGUUACUUUUAACAAAAAAUUUUUUUGUAAAUAUGGUAAAUAGAUUAUCUCUAAUAGUGCUUUCAUUUUCAUAUAAAGGCCUUAAAUUUUAA